AACAUUAAACAUCGCCGGCAAGCACAAUUGACGUUUUGAUUAUUGCCCGUUUUGUUGUGUUUGUGCUAUGAAUUUGUCUUGUAUAUGUUUUAGGUUUUGUCAUUUAUUAUAUCUAGUUUAAAACACGUGUUACAUUUUAUCGAUAGAUAUCCCGUUUGAUAAAGAUACCGGUGAAAGAAUUUAAACAGUAAUACGUGGCGACCUGUCAUGAAUAACCGUUCGUGAGGUAUCUGAUUCCAAGUCGAUUCGGUUCUAAACUUUCAUUGCAAUAUAAAUUUGAUUGGAAUGUUUUAUUACAUCCACUAGUGCAAUCAAACAUAUAUAUGAAAUGGCAGCAACUAUUGACAGACGCGUAGCACUUAUCACUGGAAUUACUGGCCAAGAUGGAUCUUAUUUAGCAGAAUUCCUUAUCGAGAAGGGUUAUGAAGUUCAUGGAAUUAUCAGACGAGCAAGUUCGUUUAAUACAACACGAAUUCAACAUUUGUACGCAGAUCCAAAAUGUCAUCGACAGGGCAAAAUGCAAUUGCAUUAUGGGGACAUGACUGAUUCCAGCAGUUUAGUAAAAAUCAUUAGCUCAAUCCAUCCAACAGAAAUUUACAAUCUUGCUGCUCAAAGUCAUGUUAAGGUAAGUUUUGAUUUAAGUGAAUACACUGCCGAAGUCGAUGGAGUUGGAACAGUGAGAAUCCUAGACGCAAUAAAAACUUGUGGUCUGGAAAAAUCCGUGAAAUUUUAUCAAGCCUCGACUUCUGAACUUUAUGGCAAAGUCGCUGAAGUUCCACAGAGUGAAAAGACACCUUUUUAUCCACGUUCUCCCUAUGCUUGUGCUAAACUCUACAGUUAUUGGAUAGUCGUCAACUACAGAGAAGCCUACAAUAUGUUUGCUUGCAACGGUAUUCUUUUCAACCAUGAAAGUCCUCGAAGAGGCGAAACCUUCGUGACGAGAAAAAUUACUAGGUCGAUUUCUAAAAUUCACUUGGGAUUGCAAGACGUUCUAGAAUUAGGGAAUUUGGAUGCCAAACGAGAUUGGGGGCACGCGAAGGACUACGUAAAGGCAAUGUGGCUCAUGCUUCAACAAACGGUUCCUGACGACUUUGUCAUUGCUACGGGAGAAACGCACAGUGUGAGAGAAUUUAUUGAAGCUGCAUUUGAAUACAUUGGGCGCUCUAUUAAAUGGGAAGGAGAAAGUUUGAACGAAGUCGGAAAAGACGCUAAAACUGAAGAGGUUCUUAUUCGAGUCAAUCCGAAAUAUUUCCGUCCAACUGAAGUGGAUUUACUGCUGGGCGAUGCUUCGAAAGCGAAACUGAAACUUGGGUGGGAGCCAACAGUUUCUUUUCAGGAUCUCGUGAAGGACAUGAUGGACGCCGACUUGGAAUUGAUGAGAAAAAAUCCAAACGCUUAGAAACAUCAAGUAAAGCUUUUUCUGGGCCCAGAAAUCUGUAAAUAAGCAUUCAAACGUGCAUAUAAGACAGUUAUUUUUAUGUUUUAGAACAGCUCCAUUCCUUUUUGUGCAAUUUUAUUCAAGGUACAUAAUUUUAGACAAUUUUGAAUAUAUAUUGCUGUAUUCUUAGAAAAAGUAUAAUUAAUUUGUUCCAUCCCGUGACUAAUUAGAAAUUAAGAUGAAGGGAAAUCAUUCCCAGUUGUAAAGCCCAAAGAUUUAUAACUCACGUUAGUAUUUUAUAAGCAAAGACGUGGUCAGUUUGCUAUUUUAAUAUCAUUUAUCUGGCACAAUUGUGUUUUUUUCUGGGCAUUUGAUAUUAUCUGUAAGAUAUGAGAUGCGACUUUGAUCUAUUUAUACCAUAAUAUAAAUAAAU